GCAUACACCGGAAGUACAAGGAAGAGCAGGCGGUUGACUGUCAUUGUCAACAUUAUUUUAUGUCCUGGAGUUUACUGGUUUAAACAGUAAUUUAUAAUCUAUCAAACAACUUUUAACGAUAGAAUUAUCUGACCCGUUCAACCUGAACGCGUAGAAAACGACAAAAUGAACGUAACUCUGGCUGUCAAGCAGUAUGUGUCCAAAAUGAUAGAAAGCAGCGGCUCCGGUAUGAAGGUGCUGCUUAUGGAUAAAGAGACGACUAGUAUAGUAAGUAUGGUGUACACGCAGUCUGAGAUACUGCAGAAGGAGGUCUACCUUUUCGAGCGCAUCGAUUCUCAAAACAGAGACAAUACGAAACAUCUAAAGGCCAUCUGCUUUCUCCGACCGACCAAGGAGAACGUACAGCAUCUGAUUCAAGAGCUCCGUCGACCCAAGUACAGUGUCUAUUUCAUCUAUUUUAGUAAUGUGAUCAGUAAGAGUGAAAUUAAAGCAUUGGCCGAGGCAGAUGAGCAAGAAGUUGUUGCAGAAGUGCAGGAGUUCUAUGGGGAUUUCAUUGCUGUGAACCCCCAUCUUUUCUCCCUUAACGUUCAAGGAGUAUCCAGGGGUCGCAGUUGGGAGCCCAGCGUCCUGCCUCGUGUCACACAGGGUUUGACAUCAGUGCUGUUGUCAUUAAAGAAAUGCCCCAUGAUUCGCUACCAGCUCUCUUCUGACAUGUCCAAAAGACUGGCAGAGAGCGUCAAACAAAUCAUUACCAAGGAGUAUGAACUGUUUGACUUUAGGAAGACUGAAGUACCACCUCUACUAUUGAUUUUAGACAGAAGUGAUGAUGCCAUAACUCCUCUUCUCAACCAGUGGACAUAUCAAGCUAUGGUUCAUGAGCUGCUGGGCAUUAAUAACAACCGGAUAGACCUGUCCAGAGUGCCUGGAAUCAGUAAGGAACUGCGCGAGGUGGUCUUGUCUGCGGAGAAUGAUGAGUUUUAUGCUAAUAACUUGUAUCUAAAUUUUGGUGAGAUCGGAACAAACAUUAAGAACCUCAUGGAGGAUUUCCAGAAGAAAAAGCCCAAGGGCCAACAGAAACUCGAGUCCAUAACAGACAUGAAGGCAUUUGUGGAUAACUACCCCCAGUUUAAGAAAAUGUCAGGCACGGUGUCAAAGCACGUGACCGUGGUUGGUGAGCUUUCACGCCUGGUGAGUGAGAGACAACUGAUGGAGGUAUCAGAGGUGGAGCAGGAGUUGGCCUGCCAGAAUGACCAUUCUAAUGCACAACAGAGUGUAAGGCGGUUCCUGCAGAACCCACGGGUGAAUGAAAUUGAUGCUGUGCGGCUGGUAAUGCUGUACGCACUGCGAUAUGAGAAACACAGCAGCAGUAUCCUGCCCAGCCUUAUUGAGGAGCUCACUCGUAGAGGAGUGUCAGAGAGACAUCGUAAGAUGGUACAGGCUGUGGUGGAAUACGGAGGUAAACGAGUAAGAGGAAGUGACCUCAUCACUCCUACAGAUGCUGUUUCUAUUACCAAACAGUUUUUCAAAGGGCUAAAGGGAGUUGAGAAUGUGUACACACAGCAUCAGCCACUAUUACAUGACACAUUGGACCAACUGAUCAAGGGUCGUCUGAAAGACAGCCAGUUCCCCUACCUUGGGCCUAAUUCUCUGAGAGACAGACCUCAAGACAUUAUCGUCUUCAUAAUCGGUGGGGCAACUUAUGAGGAGGCACUGGCAGUUUACAAUCUGAACCGCACAAUGCCUGGAGUGCGCAUCGUCCUAGGGGGCACGACCGUUCACAACACUAAGAGCUUCCUGGAGGAAGUGAUGCUCACGGUAGGUUCGGGUGGUGACAGGGCACAAGGAUCUGGCCGACCACCAAGCCGACGCUGAACUGUCACAAUAAUCACAUGCGUUGAUGUGUGCUUAAGUACUCUGACCCUAAACACAAUUUUAUUUUUUCACUCUUAACAUUCCUUUAAAGUGCAUCAUUUUCGAGUGUUGCUAAUAAUGUGUGAAACAAAACAAUUAAAAUGUGCAUCACUUGAAAUAAUUAUCUGUAAAUAUUAUGUUCGGACGCCGUUAAAGUGAUUAUAAUGGCAGAAUUUGUAUUUAUUUGUUCAGUGUUGUUGUGUUUGAUCAUUUGUUUUACAGCUGAAUAUGUUUCAUAUGAACAAAAAUGAAGUGUAUAAAGUCUACAUUAAAAAACUGUUGUAAAAAAUAAUAUGAGCAGCCAUAUUAAAUGGUAAUAUUGCAAUAUAACAGUCAAACGUCUCAACAAGUUUCCAGCAAGUCUGAAACAUCAUUCAAAUCAGUUUGUUUCAAAACUGAGGAUUUAAAAUGUCAAAUCAAACAACUAAAUAUUAUAUUGGACCACCAUAUUCUUUGUUGGUAUUGAAAAUCACAGACCUGUCCAUCUAAAUGAAAUAACAUGUCGCAAAUAUCCAUAAGUGUUUGAAAAAAUAAAGAAAUAUGGAUA